AUGAAUUAAGAAGUGGAAAACAAAGAAACUAAAGAAUAGAAAGACUAAAUUGAAUAAGAAUCAGAUGAUAACGAGAAAAAUGAGAAAAAAGAAUAGAUAUUAUAAUAAGAAUAGAAAAAAAAGAAAAAGAAAAAUAAAAAGAAAAAGAAAUGGGGAGAAGAAGGUAUUCUUGAAAUAAUAAAAAUUAGAAGAAAUUAUGACUGAUUUUGAUGAUGAUUGGUAAAAUAAAGUUAAGACAUCUCAUAUUUUACAAGAUCCUGAUCUACCUUAGCAUAUUAAAGAAAAAUAUGCUAUUUAUGAAAAUAAUCCUUAUAUGAUGAUAAUAUCAAAUGUACCUCUAAAUGUAUAAUUAAAAGAAUUGGAAGAAUAUUUUAAUACUCUUAUCACAUCUCUUGAUCCAAAAAUCAGUAUUUAUAUAAUUAUAAAUAAGCCGAAAGACCCAUUAAAUCUAUUGAAUAUGGUGCUACAAAGUCUUGGGUAGUUUUGGAAUGUAGUUCAAAAGAAGCUAAAAGGGCAUUAGUUACUUAAGAUUAGGUUUAAUUUGUGAAUAAUUGUAAAAUAAAAGUAGAAAGACCAAGAAAAUUUCUAGAAAGGAUUUUAAAUCCAUAAACUAAAGAAGGGGAAUUAAAUGCUGAAUAAAAAUAGGAAGAUAAUACAAGAUUGUAUUUGGGAGGGUUACCUACUUAUCUAAGAGAUGAAGAUGUGAUGAAAUUAAUAUAAUCAUUUGGAACAAUUAAAUACUUUAAUUUAGUUAAAGAUACUACAUCAAAUACAGAGAUUUCUAAAGGUUAUUGUUUUUUUGAAUAUGAAAACACUGUUUCAACUGCAAAAGCUUUAAAAGCCCUCAAUAAUUUAUAAAUUGGAGACAAGAAAUUAAAAAUAUGUAAGGUUUAAGGAGAACCAUAAUAAAAUAAGAAAAUUAAUGGAAGAGAUUAACCUUCUAAUUAUGCUGGAUCAUUUUUAGCAUCAUGUGAUUUGUUGCGAAUGCCAUAAGUGUAAUAAAUGUUAACAAUCCCUUAGUCUGCUUUGAUUCCAAGUAAGGUUGUAUAAUUUUUGAAUAUGGUAUCAAUUAAAUGAUAUAUUAAAAAGUGUUCAAUUGAAGAUUUAUAUGAAGAUGAUAUAUAUGAAGAAUUAAUGGAGGAUAUAAGAAGUGAAUGCAUACGUUUUGGAUAGAUAGAGAAGAUAGAAAUACCAAGACCAGACAAAGAAUCAGGGUAAGAUAUUAUUUAUUAUAAUAGAUUUUGUAAUCCAGCUGUGGGAAAGAUUUUUGUUAAAUUUUAUUAUUAAAUACCUGCUAAAAAAGCUAAAUUCCAUUUAGCUGGUCGUACAUAUAAUAAGAGAACUGUUAUUACUUCUUUUUAUCCUGAGGAAUAAUUUGAUUAUAAGGAUUAUUUGAUAAAUGGAUGA